AUGGCGCAGGAUAAUUUUGAUUUCAAGUUUAGUCAGUGUUUCGGUGACAAGGCGGAUAUUGUGGUGACGGAGGCGGACAUUAUCACUGCUGUGGAGUUCGAUCACACUGGUGAUUUUCUGGCUACUGGUGAUCGUGGUGGGCGUGUAGUGCUGUUUGAGCGGGGGAAUGAUACCAAGCAUUGUGAGUACAAGUUUCUGACUGAGUUCCAGAGUCACGAUGCCGAAUUCGAUUACUUGAAGUCCCUGGAGAUCGAGGAGAAGAUAAAUCAAAUCAAGUGGUUGAAGCCCACAAAUAAGUCGCACUUCUUGCUAAGCACCAAUGACAAGACGAUUAAGUUGUGGAAAGUGUACGAGAAGAACAUCAAGCUAGUGUCAUCCAACAAUCUGUCAGAGAACUCGAGGAGGAGAUCGGGUGCAGGCCUGAGUAGCAACAACUCCUUGAUGUUGCAAAGUUUGAAACUUCCACAAUUGUCCCAACAUGAUAAGAUAAUUGCUGCCGCACCAAAACGUAUCUACGGUAAUGCACAUACUUAUCACAUUAAUUCCAUAUCUCCAAACUCGGACCAAGAGACGUUUAUAAGUGCAGAUGAUUUGAGAGUCAACCUAUGGAAUUUGGAUAUACCGGACCAAAGUUUUAACGUCGUUGAUAUCAAACCAGCUAAUAUGGAAGAGUUAACAGAAGUCAUUACAAGCGCUGAGUUUCAUCCACAACAGUGUAACUUAUUUAUGUAUUCAAGUUCGAAGGGUACCAUCAAGUUAUGUGAUAUGAGACAAAAUGCAUUGUGUGAUAAUAAGAGUAAAAUAUUCGAAGAAUACCUGGAUCCAAUGAAUCACAACUUCUUUACCGAAAUAACGUCCUCUAUUUCAGAUAUAAAGUUUAGUCCGAACGGAAGAUACAUUGCUUCAAGAGAUUACCUGACUGUAAAGAUAUGGGAUAUCAAUAUGGAUACAAAGCCAAUUAAGACAAUAAACAUCCACGAUCAACUAAAGGAAAGAUUAAGUGAUACUUAUGAAAAUGAUGCUAUUUUUGAUAAAUUCGAAGUCUGUUUUAGCGGUGAUAGUUCUAGUGUUAUGACUGGUUCAUACAAUAACAACUUUAUGAUAUACCCUAAUGUUGUUACUAGUUAUGAUGAUGCUAUGCAGGAUUCAGCUAAGGGCACAGAAUCACAAGUGAAGAAUAAUGAGAGGCCAUUCGACACACAGAAGAGCAAGAACUCGAUAACAAGAAGAAAUGAUAGCAACAACAGCGGGUUACGCGACCAGGCUAUCAAUAAUGAGCACACUGAUGAGAUAGUUUUACAAGCAGACAAAUCCGCCUUCAGGAACAAGAGAUUUGCAUCUAUGAAUAGCUCCGCAGCAAUAAAAAACAAGGAAUGGGAUGAUGACAUUGAUUUUAAGAAGAGUAUAUUACACUUCUCAUGGCAUCCUAAAGAGAACAGCAUUGCUAUAGCAGCAACAAAUAACUUAUUCAUAUUUUCUGCAUUGUAA